AGUAUGUAUUCAGGUAUACUAAAAAUCAACCCUUUUGCUUGAUCUUCUGAUAUAGAAUCCACCAAUGAGCGCGUUCAAUGGUUCAGCAUCAUCACUUUAUUGACUCUCGUCAGCUUGGGAACUUGGCAAGUCAUGUACCUUCGCCGCUUCUUUAAGCGCAAGAGACUUAUUGAUUAGGUUUUUCACUUUUUAAAAAGCACCUCCCACUUCAAAUAAAAAGAAAAACGUGUAAUUCACUGCAAUCAACCGUCUCUAGAGUGGCUUAUGCUCAUUCGGAACUUCAAUUUGUGGUUAGAGUACUUCCUUGGAAGUUGCUACUUUGCGCUUGACAGGCGUUUUUCUUCUCGCUAAUGAAUGCAGAUAACGACAGAGAAGACAGUGGAUCACAGUCGGGUGAUGAGAGUCCUCCUCCAAGGCCUGCAAAGCCUAUAGCCCACACUAAGUUGCAGGCAUUUUCACUAGGUGUCCACAAAAAGACUCCAUUUCAACGCCAUAAAGAAGAGUUGGAACAGAAAAAGAAGAAAGAAUCGGAAGAAGCCGCAAAAGUUUACGAAGAGUUUGUAGCCUCCUUUGAGAACGACCGAAGUGGAGGCAUAGGUCCUUCAUUUGUAAAAUCGAACUCAACCAUGUUACAAGCUGCCAACAACUCGAACACGACAAGCGGAGGCUCGAAAUACAAACCAAUGCCUUUCGUUAAAUCUGGACAGAGCUUGCCGACAAAUGUUCUACCUUCUAUGGAAGAAAAUACAAAGGAAGAAGAGGAGAAGGCAUUGAAAGCAUCAAAGCUGCAAAAGAAACGAAAUUUGGAUACAUUCUUGGAGGAAAUCAAACGAGAACAAGAGGAUAGAGAAGGGAGACUUCGGAAUACGCGGACAACAAAGAUGUACGCGGACCGGUCAGCCACAGGGUCUUCAGAACCCGGCCCUAGUUUGACUCUUCAAGCAGCCUUUGCAGAUCGACCUGGAUCUCAUGACCUUGGCGAUUUGACUACUACGAACCUUUAUCUAGGCAAUAUCAGUCCUACGAUCAAUGAGGCAUCGCUUUGUCGAGACUUUGCUAUUUUCGGCCCAAUAGCAUCGGUAAAGAUAAUGUGGCCCCGAAGCCAGGAAGAAAAAGAACGAAAUCGCAAUUCUGCUUUCAUAAGUUUCAUGAAACGGCCCGAUGCAGAGAAGGCUCUCAAAGCCAUGGAUGGGAAGGAUCUACAUGGUCACCUCCUUCGAGUUUGUUGGGGAAAAGCUGUCCCACUUCCGGCACAACCAAUCUUUGCAUUGGAGCGAGAUAAAGGAGCAGCUCCCACAGGACUUCCAUUUAAUGCUCAGAUAACGACCAUUGGCAGUGGAGUGGUCUCUAAACCACGAUCAGAAGUGCAAGUUGUUAAGCCAAAAGAUGAACAACAAUUGAAAGUCAUACAUCGUACAAUCGAGCGUGUGCUGACACAUGGAGAGCAAUUCGAGGCUUCUAUCAUCCAACGAGAAUGGAGCAAUCCAAUUUACAAGUUUCUUGUGGACAACAACUGCGAUGAACACAUCUAUUAUCGAUGGAAAUUAUAUUCCCUAUUGCAAGGCGACUCGAAAUACCAUUGGCGAUCAGAACCUUUCCAGAUGUUUGCGGAAGGUCCUUGGUGGAUCCCACCCGAAGUUCCUUUUGACAAUAAUGGUGAAAUAGAAGAAAUCGCAAACUCCUCGGAUGAAGAGCAGCGUGAACGACAACGUGGUCAUAUUCCAAAAGGCAAUCUAGGCCGGGUAGCCAAGCGUCGACUGGAAAUCAUGCUACGAAAAAUGAACUUCCAACGAGGCAAGAUUGCCAAGGCCAUGGCAUUUGCCAUCAACCAUGCCGAUGCAGCUGACGAGGUUAUUGAUAUCGUGUGCAAAUCCUUGGUCUCCGACGAAACGCCAUUAUCCCAAAAAAUCGCCAGGUUGUAUCUGGUAUCCGACAUCCUUCACAACAGCAGUGUCCAUGUCACCAAUGCUUGGAAGUACCGAAGCGGAUUUGAAGUAAAACUACCUGAUGUUUUCAAGCACUUUAACAAGAUAUAUAGAUCUAUCCAAGCUCGACUCAAAGCUGAGCAAGUUCGGCGCCAAAUCAGCAAUAUUUUGUCUGUGUGGAACAACUGGAUUGUUUUCCCUGAACAUCGUAUUGCAGAGUAUAACAGCAUCUUUAUGCAACCUGGUACAGAACCUCGUGUAGCUGACGUACCUUCGGACCCACAAGUGACGAAUUCAGCUGAGGUUAGACCAGAAAGCGAGUCUGUAGAAGAAGUUCAAACUGAACAAGAUACCAACCGUGUAGAGGACGAAUCCAUGGAUGACGAUAUUGACGGUGAACCACUGUCUGACAUCGAUGGAGAGCCUUUAACGGACGAUGAAGAAGAUGAAGAAAUGGAAAAAGUAGAAGAAAAAGAGGAUGUAGAAUUAGAGGACAUGUUUGCGUAAAUAAACAAGUGCUACGAUGGUAG